GCCUUCGAUACUACCACCACCUAUCGAAACCUCAUCACCACCAUCACCGGCGUCGUCGGAGAGCAAGAGGCGGCAGCAUAUACGCACUCUCCACUCGUCAUCUGAUGGCAUCCAGCCACACAAUACGUCGCAAGAGCUUCGCACAACCACGAUGUCCGAGUCCUCCAUCACCGUAACUGUCCGCAUUCGCCCCUUCUCCGAGAAGGAGGCAGCUCAGCUUGCCCCUCAAGCGGGACCGCUCCCAUUCUUGGGCGAUGGUGGCCUCGGAGGCUCGCCAGCUAAGCCGCUGGGCGGCGCACCUGGCUUGCGUACGAGGUUCCUGAGGCCCAUCAUCUCGCCCGUUGAUGAUAAGGUCCUCAUCUUUGACCCGCCGGACAACAACCCGCUCUCCCGGCUCUACAAUCAUGCUCAUGCCAACUAUAUGAGCCACGGCCAGAAGAGGGCCAAGGACAUGCGCUACGCCUUCGACCGAGUCUUUGACGACAAGUGCGGACAGGUCGACGUCUUCGAGGGGACGACCCGCCCACUCCUCGACGGCAUCCUCAAUGGCUUCAAUGCCAGCGUCUUCGCAUACGGAGCUACAGGCUGCGGCAAGACACACACUAUCUCUGGUACUCCAGAAGAUCCUGGCGUCAUCUUCCUCACCAUGAAGGAACUCUAUCAGCGCAUUGCAGACUCAAAGGCAGACUCAGAGGUCAAUGUCCGCCUAUCAUAUCUCGAGAUCUAUAAUGAGACGAUCAGAGACCUUCUGUCCGACGAACCCACCCCACCCGGGCAGGGUCUGCAGCUCAGAGAAGAUCAGGCCAACAAGAUCAGCGUCAUUGGCAUCACUGAGCAUACCCCAGAGAGUCCGCAGCACGUUCUUCAGAUGAUCCAGGAGGGUAAUCAGCGCCGCACCAUGAGCCCGACCGAAGCCAAUGCCGUCUCCUCUCGCUCUCACGCGGUCCUGCAGAUCAAUGUCACCCAGCGCCCGAAGACGGGCGACGUCACAGACGAGACAACGUCAGCCUCGCUCAAUAUUAUUGACCUCGCAGGCAGUGAGCGAGCUGCAGCAACGAGCAACAAUGGCGCCCGCAUGAAAGAAGGAGCAAACAUCAACAAGUCCCUCCUCGCGCUAGGCAACUGCAUCAAUGCCCUAUGCCAAGCUGGUGGGGUGGGCGUGAAAGGUCGUCACAUCCCCUAUCGCAACUCGAAGCUCACCCGCUUGCUCAAAUUCAGCUUGGGCGGAAACUGCAAGACGGUCAUGAUUGUCUGCGUCAGCCCAAGCUCGGGACAUUACGACGAGACGUCAAAUACGCUCAAGUAUGCCAAUCAGGCAAAGAACAUCCGCACGAAGGUCAGCCAGAACCUCAUCAAUGUCGACCGUCAUGUGGCGCAGUACGUGCAGACGAUUCACGAGCUGCGCCAAGAGGUGGCAAACCUCAAAGCUCAGCUCACGGAGAAGGGAGGCAUGGAGACGGAGCAGGAGCGCAAGAGGAAGCGCGAGUGCAAGGCAGAGGUGGGCGAUGUUGUUUCGGCCAUUGGGCGCAAGGCUGCCACGGCAAAAGAGAUAGUCCACAACGAGGCGCACUUCGAAGGCGCUGUGAGAGCAGCAGAGACAAUGGCCGCCGUCUACCGUGAGCGGCUGGCUGCGAUCGACGGCCUGCUUACUGAGCAUCACGGGCGUGCCAGUCCGGGCGAGGAUGAGCCCUCCGACCUCACAUCAGAGCGGGACAUGCUGCAUCAGCUUUCCGCCGCCAAUGACGCCUCAUUGCAAACAGCAAAGGAGGGCCAAACCCGCUUUGAGAAUCGCGUCAACCUCCUGAUGGGCCACCUCGGCAGCGCCUCUCGCAACAGCAAGUUCGAUGAAGAGGCAGCAGACAAGGUCAAGAGCAUCGCUGAUGCCCGCAAGGCUGAGAUCGAUGCAGAGCGAUACGCCGCUGUGGCCAGAGCGUCGAGGGAGAGCUUUAGGAUGGCGCUCGUGGGCACAAUGGCUUUCAUGACCGCUGCAUGCCGCAGUACAGUGGGCAUGAAAGAUACGGCGGGCGAGCUUGAAUGGCGAGCAAGCAAGGAGGAGCAGUGGGAGGAUGUGGCUAAGCAUCUGCGCGUUAUGGCUGGCCAGCUCACCAGCGAGGCAGCGAGGAACGAUGCACUCUUCCACCAACACGCCGGCGCUGGUACGUCGGCGGCUAAGCCGCAAUUCGAUGGGAAGCGGUCCGCUAACGGUGGCUUCAAAAGACGGACAAGCAUGGCGAGCGGGUCUAGCAGUGCUUCGAUCUCACGAGUGGCUGGCGCCGGCAGCGGUGCAGCGAGCAGGACUCGCCCGGCUGGUCGUCGUGUGUCGCAAGUUGGUGUGGCUCGACCGACGAUGCCCUCGUCACCAGCCGCUCGUAAGGCGCGCACUAGUCUGAUUGGCGCUGCUCCCAAGCCUAUGAGGAGGACCAGCCUCAUGCCACAAGGUUUCCGUGCAGGUCCAGGUGGAGCGAAUACCGGGCUCAAGUCAGCAAUGAAGGGCUCCUCGAACGUUGACGUGAGCAAGCAGCAGCGAGCUCCUGGCGGCAAGGCAGCUGUGACGAAAUCGACAGCUCCUGCUCGAUCAGCAGGCGUCCAUUUCGCAGACGACAGCGUAGUAGUCAACAACAAGCCAGCACCACGUCGCUCCACUACUCCCGACUACCCGCCGCCACCAUCCAUCGCAUCCGACUCUGGCUCCUCGUCGUCAGAUUGGAUCGACGCAACGACAUCUGCACCCGUCCUGACUGCCCUCAAGUCCAAGCCAAGAGUCAGCAGAAUGCCAGCGCUCCCUCCUGCUCCAAGCUCGGCGGCACCAAUGCCGAACAACCCCGCAAGAAAGGUCAGCGCGACGGCUUCAGCAUCUAGGCGCAUCGAUGACAUUCUGGAGGGAGGCGAGGACGAAGACGAAGACGAUGAUGACGAUGACGAAGGUGCAUGGGACGACGGGACCGACAUCCUUGCGCCCGCCAAGCCAGCCGCGCAAGAGCGCAAGCCUCUCGGCCUUCGAGCCGCUCCGGCUUCUUCACCACUCCCUCUGACCACAUCCUCCUUCGCCGCUCCCACCAAAGCGAGCAUGGCCAAGGCAUCGCGCAAUCCUGCCUCUGAAGGCGACGAGCAACUUCCUGCGGCUCAACCUGCCUCCCUGUUCAGCGGAGUGGACGAGAACACCUUCCGUGACCAAGCUCCCUUCGCCGUCGGGGCGGCAUACAGGCACGCGCCGUACAAGCGCCGCGAGUCGCAUCUGGGGCCUGAGCGCCGAAUGCCUACAGGGUCCAUCAACACUUCGCGACGUCUCAGUAGUGCAGAGGCGGGAGGGCUUGGGUCGCGCGCGUCGUCCUUCACCGGUGCACCAGGCAGUAGGCAUAGCAGCGGAGGAGCUGCACGAGCGUCCUCGAGUGGGGUUGGAGGCGGUGGGGGUAGCACGAGCAUGUUCUCGCGCGGGCUUUUUCCCUCUCCCAACAAUGCCGCGCCCACCUCGACAACCUCAACAGCUGGCGGACCACCUUCUGCGCUCAAUCUGCGUGCCUGGGGCCCACCAAGCAACGCAGCCGCUCGUGCUGGGCGAGCGUCACGCGAGUCGAUGGCCCCUUCGUCGGCGGCUAAUACCUCGAUCGUGAGCACCGCCUCGUCUGCAGCGGGAGCUGGGGGAGAGGCGAAGGUGAGAAGAUCGGCUCCCGCCCAAGCCUUGGCGACGAGAUAGGCGGAAGUGCAGCGUGGUACGGACACUUUUUUUUUUUUGACUCUUGACGAUGCGCCUCGCACGACCGUCGACCACCUCCUGCCCCUUUUUCGUCUUCAUUGCGGCAGCCUGAAUGGCUCGUCUGCACGCCUGACUACCUAAGUUAUCGUUUUCUCUUAGAGCUUUCCGCCUCAUAGGCCCUCUCUGUCUCCUUUUCUUCUCGCCGUCGUCUUCACUGUACAUCAGCAUCAGCAUCUUCAGCUUUCAAUCAUCCAUCAUGAUCGUCUUGCGCGCGUCUCGUCUGCUUGCACUCCGUAAAGCUCCUGAGUCUGGCUUAUCAUGACUUGAUUGCUGGUCUGU